AGUAUGCAUAGUAUGGAAGGCAAUGAUUUGUAUUAUUAUAUAUUGAAUAUAUUGUAUUGAAUUAGUGAUGAAUGCAAUGAUUGCUGCAAUGGUUGCGAACAAACAUAUCUUAUCGUUGAUUGAGUCCAUCAUUACUAUCAUUGCUAUCAAUACUAACCACUAAUGGCUUAUCACAAGUGUUUGCAGUCUUUUUCAUGACAUUUGUUUGAUGUAAACAAUGAUUUGACGCAAACGUUGAUUACUGACCACCACAUCAAUGAUGAAGAGGUCUUCGCGAUCUACAACUAACACACGACUCAUGAGAGAAGUGGUAGAAAUGGGUCGUCAGUUGGAGUCGGCCAUUGUGUCCGCCGAUUCACUGCGAAAUGUGUUCACAGAUAACAUCGUUAAGAGCAGAGACCGAUUCAAAGACUUGUGUGAAGACAUUCUCUACUCUUCUGGCUCUGAAUUUGGCAGAAAGGCUGAAGACUUAUUAUGGAAGAGAUGUUUUCACGACUUAAUGCAGUUUUAUAAACAAAACAAAAAGCGAAUGACAUCACCAGAGGUAUCGCUACUUCGGAGUCAUUUAACGACCGGUUUUGGACUUUACUAUAACAUACUUAUAGGCAUAUCAAAGCAAUAUUCCGUUGAUAUACAAUGUCUAAUGCCUUAUCUGAUAACUGAACAAAGUAUUGAAGAUAUGGGUGGCGACAGACUAAUUAUGAACGAAGAAACAAAGACAUGGGCACAGAAUGCCAUUCAUAGAAUACUCGUAUGUAUGGGUGAUUUGGCCCGUUAUCUCUUUGAUUUAGAAGCUCAAGAGUAUCGACAACUUGCCAUAAGAUUCUAUGAUUUAGCACUUAUUUUGAACUCAAACAUUGGUAUGCCUUUCAAUCAAUUGGGAACACUAUCUGAGACUAAUAACUAUGGUUUAGACUCAGUUUAUUAUUAUAUUCGAUGUCUUAUGUGUGAUAAACCCUUUGAAGGCGCCGAAAGUAAUAUGAAACGACUUUUUGAAAAUAACGAAAAACUUUUAAAUGAAAUGAAGUCCAACACUGAAACUUCCGACGAAAGCUUUAUGAUUAUUAAACAAUCGAUUGUUUUCUUUCUUAAGUUAUGUAACGAUAUUUGGUUUUUCAAAGAAUCGGAUAAUCAUUUUACUCAAAAUAUUGUGUCACUAUUUCAACAAACUCUUCAUUCACUGAAACUUUCAUUUAAUUUGCAAUCAAAGCUGACUACAGAGCAAAUGCCAACUUAUAUGACACCGACGACCACUUUUGAAAUGUCAGUCAUUUUAUUAUUGAUUAUAAAUCGGGUCCAACAAAUAGAAAUUAAUAAAAGUCCAUUAAAUGGUAAUCAAUUACUUAGUUUUAUAUUAACAUUUUUGGUCAAUUAUUUAAUGACUAUUGUGUCUUCAAGUCAUCAAAAUUUGAAAAAUAAGUUAGGAUUAAAUCCAUUUAAUUCUAUGAAUGAAGUUUUAAAUACCACUCCAAAAGUAUCCAAAGAAAAUACACCAGAUUUGUCUCCCCGUCGCGUACUUUCAAGAUUGCGAAGACGCAAAGCUGCCAUCAAUUAUGAAGACAAGAAUGCUCUUAGUAUUGAUGACGACGACUCAGAACUGAGUGAAUUAGAAGAAACGGCUUUGAGUACAAUAGAUGUUCUUGAAAUUGGAUCAGAUUUGAGUGAUUCAAAUGAUGACAGCGAUUCGUAUGGUUUAGAUGUGACUAUUGUUAGUAGUGAUGAUGAAAAUCCAUUGCCACAGAAAUUGAAUGCAAUGAAGACUAUAAACACUCCUUUAAUGCCAUCUGAAGAUAUGCUUAUAUAUAUUAUAAAUGAAAGUUUUUUACCGACCAUUAAAGUAAUUGUUGAGUGGUUAAGAUAUAAUCCAAAUACUUUAACAUUAAUUUCAGAUGAAUUUCAACUUUGUUUGGAAGAGUUUAUCAAUUUUAUAAAUACUUUGAUUACUAUUGAACAGAAAAUAUUACAAAGAUUUCCUAAUUUAUUGGAAUUGAAAUGUUUUGAAGUAAACUGGAAACAGAAAUAUCCGUUGGAUUCAGAUCUCAAUCUUUCAAAUGUCGACUGUUUGAAGACAAUGUUUGACUCGAUAUGCUUUGACAUUAAGAAAUCUCUUAAUAAUAACGAAAAAGGAUUUCUAUGUAUUGAAUCGCUUAUUGCAUUCACUCAUUAUCUCUGUGAUGCAAAUAAUUGUCAAAAUGUUUAUGGAAUCAGUUAUGAUAUGAAUGAUAAGCGAUUUUUAUACACAAAUUACUCAAAUGGUACCCAUUAUAACGUGUUUAGCAAUAAUACUUGGUCUGAUAAUUCAAAUUUUAUUUCAUUAAAUCAAAAACCAAUUAAUACUUUGGCAAAUAAUGGUUUAGUCAACGAAUCCAAAACAAAUUUGACUAAUAAUGAUGAUAAAAAAGUUAUGCGAAAUAUGGCUCACUUAUGGCUUAAAGCUGAAGUAAAUCAAUUGGAAAAAGACGUAAAGUAUUCCUCACAAUUGCCUCCAUAUAUGGUUUUGGAUUCAAGCGCUUAUUGUCAACAUUUAGAUUUUGUUAAAGAUUUGACUCAUUCUAAAAGAUUUAUUAUAAUUGUCCCAAAAAUUGUUCUUUCAGCUUUGGAUCAAUUAAAGAAAACGAAUGCAAACGCUAGAGAAGCCAUUCGUUGGCUCGAAGAACAGCUACAGCGCGGCAGUCGAGUCCUCAGAUAUCCUAAAGAUACCGAAAAAUUAAACCUUUCACCCAUUAAAUAUCCAAAACGUAAAGACAAAGAAGCCAUUGAUUACUAUGAAUUACUUGAAUAUUGUAAUUAUCUGAACAAAAAUACAAGAACUCAACGAAAUAUCACUUCUGGCAUUCCUAUGGUUUCUGUUUUGACCCAUUCAUUUGAUAGAUGGCCUACAAAUGCUGAAGCCGUAGCUCUGAGUGCGGGCAUUCAUAUAGAAACUGUUGAUUCAUUUAUUAUUAAAUGGCAAAACUCGAUUAAAACUAUGACUUGAAGACAAACUAUUUAAUAAUCGGAUUUCUAUUGACAUCAGAUGUUGCAUUGGACGGGGUUUUGACAAAAAAAAACAAUAGUCACAAAUGUGGUAUAAAAUAAAAAUGAUCAUCAAUUAAAUGCACCAAAAUAUAUAAAAAAUUGAUUCAUUGGAAAAAAUUAUUAAAUGCAGUUAAAGACCAACUAAUUAUUUACUGACUU